UUUCCAACAAGAAUCUCUUUUCGUGUUUCUAUGGCGUUUGUUAUUGUUAUUAUUGUUGACAUAACUCGGUCCCAUCCACUCCAUCAUCCAGCCGGCUGAUAAGAGAUUUCCAUUUCUCAUCAGUCUUUCCGUGACCCUCGAUCCCAUCUCGCUAUAUGAUUCGACGCAUCAUGGGUGAAGUGGACGUAAAACUAGGAAUCCGUCAGACGCUGGCCAAAAUUGACGAUGCUUUCGGGAAGCGGUCCCAGACAAUCAACGCUCCCAAGCCGCUAUUGGUAGCCGUAAGCAAAACCAAACCGAUUGAAUUGAUCCUCGAUGGGUACUCCAUCGGGCAGCGUGACUUCGGUGAAAACUAUGUCCAGGAACUGAUCGAGAAGGCAAACGACCCACGGAUUUUGGAACAUUGUAAGGAUAUCCGAUGGCACUUCAUCGGUCAUCUACAGACAAACAAGAUCAACAAGAUCGUAAACCUCCCAAAUCUGCACAUGAUUCAGACAGUUCACAAUGCAAAACUUGCUGAGGGUCUUAAUAAAGCCUGGGAAAAGACGAAAGCAGAGAAACCGGAGAAACAACAUCUGAAUGUUCUCAUACAAAUCAAUACUAGCGGAGAGGAUGAGAAAAACGGAACUCAACCGGCCGAAGCCGUGAACCUGUACCGCUUUGUGACGGAGAAAUGUCCCAACCUGAAAUGCCACGGUGUGAUGACGAUUGGUCGCUUUGGGCACGACUACUCCACCGGACCGAAUCCUGACUUUAUCGAACUGAUGAAGUGCCAUCAGGACAUUUGUAGCACCUUUGAACGGGAUCCAGCCGAGCUGCAGGUUUCGAUGGGAAUGUCCGACGACUUUGUUCAGGCGAUCGAGAUGGGCAGCACAAUCGUACGCGUAGGCAGUUCUAUUUUCGGAGCCCGAGCGAAGAAAAACGAAGCAUAGGAAUUUUUCACCCAUCGCACCGUUACUCACUUCACUACGGCAACCCACGCGCUGCUGACCGAACGAAAAACGGGAGAAUGGAAACGCACCAGCAGGGGGUGGAAAACGCGCAAUUGUUUAGUCACACAGAUGUUUGAACCGAUUUGCCGAUUUUCGGAUGUGAGAAAAGGUGGUCGUGGCGUAUGGAAUUCUGUUUGUUAUUUUUAUAUAUCGAAAGUAAAAUUGAGAAGAGAAGGUGUCACAAGUUGAGCCACUACGUUAGUUUUGUUGCGUUCGAGAUUGGUUGAUGAAUGGGACGUUGAGCAUAAAAAUAAAAUUCACGCUUUGCGUCAGUCGUUAUAUUGUA